GGCUAUGAGUGAUCUCUCAACGCAGAACCGACGGUUAGGAUUUAACGUCUUUCAAAAGCAACGCUCUUUCGCGCUGCGAUAGUUGUUGUAUGCAAAAAUCUUCAUUCCCUGUGUUUUUAUUUGGUAAAACCCUCCAUAGACUUGAAAGACGAAAUUGGGAAAGAAUUGAAUUACUGAUUCUCAGCCAUUAAAAGAACAAGAAAUUCGAGCCAUUUGCGGUUGUUCCCGUCCGAAAUGUCGACCCGUAUUCGCCGCCCGUCGACGGCCUCUUCGUCGUCUCCGAAAACGGCCAAGAUGAAGAAAAUCGCUGCUGUGAAACCCAUAUCGGCCAAGAAACGAACUGCUCUUGGCGAUGUAACCAACACAAGAAAUGGGUCUCAAAUUAGGGUUCCGACCUCGCUUUCACGAUCGAAGCCCUUAGUGCCGUGUUCAGCUAAAACUACCAAGGUAAAGGAUGAGUCUUCUAUUUGCAAGUUCGAUAAAGGCCUCUCUACGAAUACUUUACCCGGGUUCUCGUGUGUGAAAUCUGAUGCCCUUGCUCCUUCCAAGAAUGUGCCUUUACAGGGAAAUAAACAAUCUACAGUUGGAAAUAGAACCCUUGCUGUUCCAAGCAGUAUUGGCACUUUCUUCGCUGCUGGCAGUGCUGCUACUCCUCCCUCCAGAUUCGAUGUAUCUCCAAGUAGAUCAACUGAUGGUUCAGUGUCCUUGGAUGAGACCAUGUCUACUUGUGAUUCUUUGAAGAGUCCAGAAAUCGAAUACGUGGAUAAUGAGUAUUUUUCAGAAGUUAAAUCUAUCAAGAUGGUAGCAAAUAACAACCUUCUUGUUUCAGAGGAUGUAUACCAAGGAAGCAUGCUCAAGCAAGAUAUACUUGUGGAGAUGGAACCUGCCCAUGGUUUUCUUGUUAUUAAUGAGAAUUCGACAGACCCGCAAUAUUGUGCAGAUGUUGAUUCGGACAUUUAUGAGCACUUGCGUGCAUCUGAGGCAAAGAAAAGGCCUUCUGUAGAUUUUAUGGAGAAAGUCCAGAAAGACAUUACUGCCUGCAUGCGUGCCACACUCGUUGAUUGGCUAGUGGAGGUUGCUGAAGAAUACAAGCUUCUACCUGAGACACUAUUUUUGACUGUUAACUACAUUGACCGUUAUCUCUCUGGCAACGUGAUGAAUAGACAACAGUUGCAACUGCUUGGCGUUGCCUGCAUGGUGAUUGCCGCUAAAUAUGAGGAGAUCUGUCCCCCACGGGUGGACGAAUUCUGUUACAUUACCGAUAAUACAUACCAAAAGGAGGAGGUUUUGCACAUGGAAUCUUCUGUGCUGAACUACUUGAAAUUUGAAAUGACUGCCCCAACAGUCAAAUGUUUUUUGAGGCAAUUUGUUCGUGUUGCACAGGCGACAAAUGAGAUUUCGUCAAUGAAGUUUGAGUGCCUGGCCAACUAUAUUGUGGAGUUGUCACUUCUGGAUUAUAACAUGCUUCGUUAUUCCGCAUCACUAACUGCUGCUUCUGCUAUUUUCUUGUCCAAAUUCAUACUUUCCCCUUCCAAGAGACCGUGGAAUUCUUGCUUAGCGCGAUACACACACUACCAACCUUAUGAGUUGUGCGAUUGUGUCAAGGCACUUCAUCGCCUCUGCUGUAACAGUCACUGUCCUAAAUUGCCCGCAAUUAGAGAAAAAUACAGUCAGCAUAAUUACAAAUUUGUGGCGAAGAAGUAUUGUCCCCCUUCAAUACCUCCGGAGCUUUUUGAAAUCUGAAGAUCCAAGAGAGUAGACAGUUGCAACAAUACAAAGCCCUAUUGGUGUUCUUCAUGUGUCUGCGUAUGGUUUCUAGUUUGACAUGAUGGAUGUAUCUACUUACCCUCUUGUACUGACAUACCUUUUAAAUUGGUGGCAUAGUUUCUUCCCUCUGUUUUGAUGCAGUUUCUCACGGCAAUCGUUUCUACAGAGAAUAGCACCAAAGCUGUUAAUAUUGUUCUGGAUUAAGUUUUUCCAGUUUCUUUUGAAUGCAAAUAUCUGCUCAAUCCAUCUUGGAUA